CCAAAUCUCAGUCAUAGAUAGUCGUCAUCGUCUUUGAUUCCCUGAGAGGGAAGAAAGAGAAUCAAUCAAGCAAAAAAAAUGGAGAAAAACCCAAGUCUCCAAGCUCCAUUAAUCCUCUCCUCCUCCUCCCCUGAAUCGACCUCGAGGCAGAGCAGGUUCAGCAGGGAUGAGAUUCUGAGAGAAGUGAAGAAGCAGCUAUGGCUGGCAGGCCCUUUGGUCACCGUCAACUUCUUGACGUAUCUCUUGCAGGUGAUUUCGGUCAUGUUCGUCGGCCACCUCGGCGAGUUGCCCCUCGCCGGCGCUUCCAUGGCCACUUCCUUCGCCUCCGUCACCGCCUUAUCUCUCUUGAAAGGAAUGGCGAGCGCAUUGGAGACGCUCUGCGGACAAUCGUACGGAGCAAAGCAGUACCAUCUGCUCGGGAUUCAUUUGCAGCGAGCAAUGAUCGUUCUCCUCCUGGCUGCAAUUCCCCUGUCUUUCAUCUCCGGUUACGCCGAACCGAUCCUCCUCUGCCUCGGCCAGGAUCCGGAGAUCUCGGCCGAGGCAGGGAAGUACGCGCGGUUCGUGAUCCCGAGCAUAUUCGGGUUCGCGAUCCUCGAGUCGCACGUCAGGUUCCUGCAGUCGCAGAACAAUGUGAUCCCGCUGAUGGUGACGACCGGAACCACCACUCUGCUUCAUGUUUUGGUGUGUUGGGCUCUGGUUUUCAAGUCCGGGCUCGGAAACAGGGGAGCCGCUCUGGCGAAUGGCAUUUCUUACUGGAUCAAUGCUUUGUCGUUGUUCGUCUAUGUUAGGGUUUCUCCUUCUUGCAAGCAGACUUGGACUGGUUGGUCCAGAGAGGCCUUCCAUGGGAUUCCAGGGUUCAUUAGACUAGCCAUUCCUUCUGCUAUUAUGCUCAGCUUGGAGAUUUGGUCGUUUGAGAUGAUGGUUCUGUUGGGCGGCUUGCUUCCGAAUCCGAAGCUCGAAACUUCUGUACUAUCCAUAAGCCUGAAUACAUGUGCAAUGAUCUUCAUGAUACCAAUGGGGUUCAGUGCUGCUGUGAGCACGAGAGUUUCGAAUGAGCUAGGAGCUGGGAGGCCUAGAACAGCGAUUCUAGCGGUAUAUGUUGCGUUGGCCAUGGUGAUGACGGAAGGGAUUCUAGUCGGGAUCGUCCUGGUGUCUGGCAGGAGCGUCUGGGGUCACUUGUACAGCACGGAAGAGAGAGUAGUGAAGUACGUUGCGGAAAUGUUGUUGCUGAUCGCAGCUUUCCAUUUGUUCGAUGCCAUCCAAGUCGUGCUCUCAGGCAUUUGCAGGGGAUGUGGAAGGCAGAAGCUAGGGGCUAUUGUAAAUUUAGGUGCAUACUAUAUGAUUGGAAUUCCUUGCUCGGUUGUUCUAGCUUUCGUCUACCAUAUGGGAGGAAAGGGUCUGUGGACAGGAAUCAUGAUAGCAUUGAUCUUCCAGGCAUUGUUUCUCUCAAUAAUGACCAUCACAACUAGCUGGGAGAAAGAGGCAAAGAAAGCCAAAGACAGAGUUUAUGGUGCCAUCAUUCAAGAGCCAAGUCAUGAGUUGCCGUAGAAGAUCCGGCUGGUCGAAGAAGAAGACAGUAGAUCUGAGGAAGGAAAAUUUUCCUUGGCUCGCCGGCUGUGUUUCUUUGUCCGAUUCCGAUAAUUAGUGGGUUAAGACCAGCGCCGGCGAGUGGAUCUUCGUCGGCCGGAAAAACAGAGCACUCUGUUUAUUAAGAGAGGAAAUGGUUAAAUGGUUUCUCUCUUUCAGUAUCCCCACUUAUUUGUAUUUUUGUGGGCCUGUUAUAGUAAAAGCCCAAAACAAAAUAAGCCCAAAAGGGUUGCUUAUAAGUUAUAAAUAGUAAUUUUGUCAGAUGCCCCCGAAGGCACAAAUAGUAAUUGCCUAAUGCUAAUUAUGGUUAAGAGACUACCGUACAAGGUUGUCAAACCGGUUUAUACCGUUGUGCCGGUUUGGCAAGUGGAAUGGUACGAUCAGUGGUAUAACCAGUUUGUGCCGGUUCAUGCUGGUCUAAAAAAUGUG